AUCGUCUUGCUCAAUGUCGUUGCUUGCGCCGCAGCAGUUUCUGCGACGUGGCUCUUCUGCUCUGCAAUCCCCGCGCUUCUGGCUUUCAAGAGGGCAGCUCAAUCACUUGAAAAGCUGAUGGAUGUUAUUAGGGAAGAGCUUCCUGACACAAUGGCUGCUGUUCGUUUAUCCGGGAUGGAGAUCAGUGACCUCACUAUGGAGCUCAGUGAUCUUGGCCAGGAAAUUACACAGGGUGUUAGAAGUUCCACUCGAGCUGUUCGCGUGGCAGAGGAGAGGUUGCGCCGCUUGACAAACAUGGCUCCAUCAGCAUCGGUGCAGGAGGUGGCCAGUCCGAAAACUGAGGUUCCAGGGCCAGUUUUGGCUAGAACUGCAAGAGGCAUACGGGAGGGGAUUGUGAAGGGCCGUGCUCUGUGGCAAAUGUUUUUCACUAUCACCCGGUUCUCUAGGCUGGCACUCAACUAUAUAACCAGUCGAAAUAAGCGGUAGAGUAGAUCACAACCAUACAAGAGCUUCAGGGUGAGCAACAUCAAAUUUUUGUGAAUAUACAUAACUUCAAAAAAAAAGUUUCAUGUCCCAAUUUAAUGAUUCCAAGUUAGGAUGGUGAACUUUGUAGUCACAGUUUUCCGUUGCAGAAUGUUGCCUUCAUGAUAGAUAUCCUUUGGUUUGCCUUGUUCCUUUUUUUUGUCACUUGGAAGUGUAAUUGGUUUCUUGUAGAUUUGUAUGAGAACACCUCUGUAAUGCCAUCUGCUUGAUCAAAUAACAUCGUCUGCUUUUAGUUUUCCCCCGUACUA